AUGAUUGGCAAAGCGGAUGAAAUACAAGGUAGAGGUACCCAUAAGCCCGUGGUGGAUCAAAAGCUCAAAGGAUACAGUGGCGAAGGUGAGAAAGAUGAACCAUCGCAUCCAGCCUCGUUUAAUUUGGUUCCGUUGCAACUACCUGUUGUUGAUGUGACUGAAGAAGAGAGUUUAUGUGAUCUCUUAUGUUUAGUUUUGUAG